AUGUUGGCGGAGACUGGCUACACAGACAACUAUGAUAUGCAAGUCGUAGGGAUAGAAUCGAUAACGGAUAAGAGCAAAAUGAGUGUGGAGGAUCGGGUGAAGACGAUUUAUGCACAAGCUCUGAAUCUUCAAAAAAGUAUGGAAGAUGGCGAUGAAGUAGAAGAAGAAGAAGGAUUGGAUAGUAGUGAUGAAGAAAUUCCACUAGAAGAUGAAGAAAAUCUCGUGAAGUUUCAUCUGAAUCCUGAAAUUGAGGAGAUAGAAGGGUCGACAGAUGAAUCGGAUGAGUGUACAGAGACGGAGGAUUCUGAAGAUUCUGAAGAAGAUUCGUUGGAAUCAUCAGAGGAAGAGAAUGAGACGUCAGAGAGGUCCGAGGAAGAAUAUGAAGACGGAAAGAAGACAAAGGAGCAGCGAGAACUGGACGAACAAAAUGCAUAUAUUGAGGAGCGGAUUCGACGAACCUACGCCAGUCUCCGCCAACAUCAGAUGCAACUCGAAGCUCGUCGUCAGAAUGUAUAUUAG